CCGGCAAUAAACCUCCUCUUGGCGGUCAGGUGGGAACCGAGGGCGUCUGCGCUCCGGGCGGGGACUGAGGCGGUGCGCGCUCCAGGUGGGGACGGCGACCCCCGCCUCCUAGCCCGCCCCGCGCCAGGCGAACUAUGCCGUUUUUGGGCCAGGACUGGAGAUCUCCUGGAUGGAGCUGGAUUAAAACAGAAGAUGGUUGGAAGAGAUGUGAAUCCUGGAGUCGGGAACUCGAGAGAGAGAACAACCAGUGCAACGUGAGUCACAGCAUGCUCUGGUCACCUCCAGUCCACAGUCUCUGUGCUGUCUGUAGCUGUGAGCCUGGGUCGUCGUCAUCGUCAGAGUCCACGUGCAUUUAUCGCUCUGAGCCUCUUAGAACUGUUGUUGCUACAUCCCAUACGUUUUGGUGUAUUGUUUUUCCAUUUUCAUUUGUCUCAAGUAUCUUAAAUAGUGACGAUGAAGAAAUAUUCACUAAUGAAGAGCAGGAAUACACAUCCAAAAAGAGGAAAAAGGAUCAUUUUAGAAAUGAUACAAAUACUCAAUGUUUUUAUCGUGAGAAAUGGAUCUAUGUCCAUAAAGAAAGCACAAGAGAAAGGCAUGGCUAUUGUACUUUGGGAGAGGCUUUUAAUCGCUUAGACUUCUCCAGUGCAAUUCAGGAUAUUCGGAGGUUCAAUUACGUGGUCAAGCUCCUGCAGCUCAUUGCAAAAUCCCAGCUGACCUCGCUGAGUGGUGUCGCCCAGAAGAAUUACUUCAACAUUUUGGACAAAAUCGUCCAGAAAGUGCUCAAUGACCACCAGAACCCCCGCCUCAUCAAAGAUCUUCUCCAAGACCUGAGCUCCACCCUAUGCAUCCUUGUCCGAGGGGUCGGGAAGUCUGUGCUGGUGGGGAACAGCAAUAUCUGGGUCUGCCGUCUAGAGACUGUUCUUGCCUGGCAGCAGCAGCUGCAGAACCUUCAGAUGACUAAGCAGGUGAACGACGGCCUCACACUCAGUGAUCUCCCGCUGCACAUGCUCAACAACAUCUUGUACAGAUUCUCUGACGGCUGGGACAUCGUGACCCUGGGCCAGGUGACCCCAACGCUGUCUGUGCUCAGUGAGGACCGGCAGCUGUGGAAGAGACUGUGUCAGUAUCACUUUGCGGAAAAGCAGUUUUGUAGACACCUGAUCGUUUCGGAGAAGGGCCAUGUGGAGUGGAAGCUCAUGUACUUUGUGCUGGAGAAGCACUACCCGACCCGGGAGCAGUACGGGGACACCCUGCACUUCUGCCGGCACUGCAGCAUCCUUUUCUGGAAGGACUGCCGCCUUGCUUUGUUGUUCAAGGACUCGGGGCACCCCUGCACAGCCGCCGACCCCGACAGCUGCUUCAUGCCCGUGUCUCCACAGCACUUCAUCGACCUGUUCCGCUUCUGAGGUGCCGUGGCUGUGGCGGGACGACGUGGAGGACGCCCCCCGCGUGGCCGGGGCUGCAGGGCUGGCCUCAGUCUCGAAGGGGGUCAGGGAACCCAAGCAAAAGCACUUCUUCUCUUUCCUCUAGAAAAUCCUUUUCAUCCAAGUCUACUAAAAUUGGCAACUUGGCAGAUUUAUAAAUAUGGUUCAGUGAGGUUCUGGAUUUUUCACACCACGUUGUGUGCUGAGCUGACACUAACUUGUGCUGUGCUUCUUAACUGUCCAGUGACAGUUUCCUGAUCUCGUAGUGAUGAGGGGCAGGGGACAGAGCACGUGGGCCUUGUCAAAACCAGGUGCAGAAUAUUUAUUUUUCUUCACGUGUAUUUUAACUGCAUUGGCUGUACCCAAGGGAGCCCUCUGUGCAGUGAACCUCAGGAGAUGUGUGUGCGUCUCUUGUGUUCGGUGGUCGGGCUGUGAACCCUGCACGACUCUGUGGCCGGCAGAGGCGGGUGGCGGGCUGCUGCUGGCGAACUGUGGGGGCAGCGGCCGGCCAUGGAGCAUGGGCCACGGCGAGGAGGAGGAGGGGCAGCCCUUGGCCUCAGCCGCCCUGUACUGGAACUGCUCCUACAGACAGUAAUAAAUCUCGUUUGUCUACUGA